UUUGAAGUCACCCGUGGGUAUGUUUAGCUCUUUGGCUAUGUCCACGGCCCUGAGCUGAAUGGCAGCUCUGCUGAUGGGCAUCCCGUCCUUUUGUUUCUCGUACACGUACGCGCACACCCUCCAUUCAAGUUCUUGGAAGCGGCCGCUCUGAGGACCACGGAAAGCUUUUCUCUGACUCAGACAUUGACUGAAGAAGAUCUUCACCUGGAGAAGCACGAUCCCCCCCAUGUUAUACUGGAGUCGGAGAUGCCGUUUAUCAAACAGGAGGCGGAGCCGGAGACCCCCAGCAUGAAAGAAGAAAAACAGGAAGAUGAAAUCCCCAACUUUCCAAUGACUGUCAGUGUGAAGAUUGAAGAACAAGGUCCAAGCGACAGCUCAUUUGAACACUCUACAACAAAAGACAUCACAAUGCAAGAUCUUCACCCUGAGGAUCAUGAUCCUCCCCAUGUUAAACAGGAGUCUGAGUCGGAGAUGCCGUAUAUCAAACAGGAGGCGCAGCUAGAGACCCUUUACAUGAUUGAAAAACAACAGCAAGAUGAAAUCACAAAGUUUCCAAUGAAUGCCAGUGUAAAGAGUGAAGAAGAUGAAGGUCCAGGUGAAGAGAGCAGAUCUGCGAAAACUCUGGACGACCGCUUAUUUCAACACCUGACAGCAAAAGGUGAGGGACGUCCGCAACCGAGCGGCCCCUUAGCACUGCUCUCGGAAAGCGACGAUGUAACAUCACACUCUUCUGACUUCAACUCUGAUGAGGAGGAUGUUGACUUUGACCAAAAUGUUUCAAAAUUCUCAAACAAGUCAUCAUUGAAAAGAAGGACCAAAGAGCACGUGGACAUCACAGUGCAAGAUCUUCACCCUGAGACGCAUGAUCUACCACAUGUUAAACAGGAGUCUGCGUCGGAGAUGCUGUGUAUCAAACAGGAAGCAGAGCCAGAGAUCCUCUACAUGAUUGAAAAAGAUCAGCAAGAUGAAAUCCCCAAGUUUCCAAUAAAUCUCAGUGUUAAGAGUGAAGAAGAUGACGUUCCAAGCGAAGACAGCAGUGACCGCUUAUUUCAACACCUGACAGCAAAACGUGAGGGACGAUCGCAACCAGGCGGCCUCUUAGCACCACUCUCGGACAGCGACAACAUAACAUCACACUCCUCUGAUGAGGAUGUUGACGUUCACCAAGAUGUUUCAAAAUUCUCAAACAAGUCAUCAUUGAAAAAAAAGACCAAAGAGCACGUCGACAUGACUGAAGAUCUUCACCUGGAGAAGCACGAUGUUAUACAGGAAUCGCAGUCAGAGAUGCUGUAUAUCAAACAGGAUGCUGAGCCAGAGACCCCCAGCAUGAAAAAAGAAGAACUGGAAGAUGAAAUCCCCAAGUUUCCAAUGACUGUCAGAGUGAAGACUGAAGAAGAAUGUCAAAGCGACAGCUCAUUUAAACACCUGAAAACAGAAGAUAUUACAGUGCGAGAUCUUCAUCCUGAGAGGCAUGAUCUACCCCAUGUUAAACAGGAGUCUGAGUCUGAGAUGCUGUGUAUCAAACAGGAGGCGGAGCCCGAGACCCUCUACGUUAUUGAAAAAGAACAGAAAGAUGAAAGCCCUAAGUUUCCAAUUAUUGCCAGUGUAAAGAGUGAAGAAGAUGAAGGUCCAGGCAAAGAGAGCAGAUCUGCAAAAACUCUGAACGACCACUUAUUUCAACACCUGACAGCAAAGGGUGAGGGACGUCCGCCACCGAGCAGCCCCUUAGCAUUGCUCUCGGACAGCGACGAUGUAACAUCACACUCUUCUGACUUCAACUCUGAUGAGGAGGAUGUUGACUUUAACCAAAAUGUUUCGAAAUUCUCAAACAAGUCAUCGUUGAAAAGAGAGACCAAUGAGCAUGUGGAUAGGAAACGUUUUGCCUGCUCACUUUGCGAUAAAAGAGUUUCUACGAAGCAAGCAGUAACAAGACACAUGCGUACACACACUGGAGAGAAGCCUUUUGUGUGCACAUGUUGCGAUAAAAGAUUUCAUAUGAAGCACGAGUUAACAAGACACAUGAGAACACACACGAGAGAAUCGCCUUUCGCCUGCAGACUCUGUGAUAUUGGAUUUUUUACAAAGCAAGAGUUGACAAGACACAGGCUUACAUGCAUUGAAGAAAAACCUUUUUCCUGCUCACUCUGUGAUAAAAGAUACUCUGAGAAGAGUAAAUUAAACCAACACGUAAAAUCACACACUGGAGAGAAGCCUUGUGUCUGCACAGGUUGCGGUAAAAGAUUUCGGUGCAAACAAGAGUUAACAAAACACACGCGUACACACACUGGAGAAAAACCGUUCGCUUGCCCAGUUUGUGAUAAAAGAUUCAACGAGAAGGGAAAUUUAAAUGCGCACACAAGAAUGCACACUGGAGAGAAGCCUUUUGACUGCUCACUUUGCGAUAAACGAUAUUGUAAGAAGCAAGAUUUAACAAGACACAUGAAUACACACACCGGAGAAAAGCCUUUUGCCUGCUCAGAUUGUGGUAAAAGAUUCACCUGGAAGAGAUACCUAACGAAGCACACAAAAACCCACACUACAGAGAAACCUUUUUCCUGAGCGGUUUGUGGUCAACGAUCCACUUGCAAGGGACAUUUCGUAUCACACACAGGAGGCCAACCUGGGGAAAUCACUUUCAAUUGCAAUAUGUGCCAAAUACAGGUAGUUCCGGGGUUAUGACGGACCAGACUUAUGAGAUUUCGACUUUACAAUGCCUGCAUCUCAUCGCGUUUUUAUUUUUUAUGUUGCCUUUUUGGUUUUGUGAUGCACUUUUAUUUACACGCACAACUCACAUGCACACACAGAGCAGCCGAGUGACAAAAAGGUGACAGCCUGCGAGCACAUUUGUUGCUGGUGAAGCAACAAGAGGCGAGCGACUGCUGUAUAUAACCCCUUUUGUACUGUUUAUUGUGCAUUUCAACUGUGGUCGAGUACUUGGGGCGAGUCUAUGUGUUUGUUUUUGAUGAUGUGCGGAUACUAACUAAUACAUGCUAAUAGUUUGUUAUCGCUAUAGACCCCAAUCACCAACGUCACACAAUCACGUGAUCGCUGUAUUGUGCCACCAUAUUGUCCGUCAUUGUGUGUCGUAUUGUCAAUGGUAGUAGUUUCUAAAGGUGGAUUCACUUGCAAAUUAUGGAUUCCCCAGUGCUAUCAGACGCUGUAAACUCAUUGGAUGAGUUGCAUAAAAGCCGUUAUUUGGAAAAGCUUCGGUCGAUCCAGUCGCCAGAUCCAUAUUUGAUGCCCAAACCGAUGUUUCCUCCCGUCCGGUCCCGUCCCGUGCGUCAGAGCUCGUCCUGAGACCACAAAAUUUCCAAUCAUACUCCAGUUUAUGUCACGAUAAGGAGUCGGGUACCCAAAACCGGCAACGGCCCAAAUAUAAACCGAAAUUUGGUCAGCUGAGGGUCACCGUUGUAAAAUGAAGCUUGAUCGACAACGAACCGGUGUGUGCUGAAAAAUAGCUGCCCCGCGUGAAAUGUCCCCCCUGACGGGAGCGCUUAUUUAUAACGCUUUAUUGACGUGAAAACAUCAAUGUUUUCAUGGGCGCGUUACAGUAAUGGAUUUACGACUAAGAUCAGUUUUAAAUAAUUAAAUUACACAAAAUAUUAGUACUGUAUUUUAGUAACAAAUCGUGGACUGGGCCACAUAACCAUCUUUAAACAGAAAUGUAUUAGUCUAUAGGUUUUCACGACCAUAUCCCAAUGACAAUCACACAGGUAUGACAUUUAGUUCAAGCAGAGUAAAAUAAUUUAUAUUCACGGUACAAGAAAGUAGUUUCCGUGUGGGCGCUCCCGUCACGGGGGAACAUUUCACGCAGGGCGGCUAUUUUUCGGCACAACGCCUGUUGUUGCGCUCACCUUCUUGUUUUGCGACCGUGGCGACGAGCUUCAUAGUCUCCGUCUGAUGAUGUCUCGUGUUGGCAUCAUAUUGAUGUUUUCGCCGCUGUCUGACGGCUGUCGACACAAACGCAUCAUGGACCGAGAUAAACAAACCGUGCUGCUUUAAAGAUUUGCUCUUUUAACAAUGGGCACACAGCAACUUCUAAAAUGACCGUGAUCUUCUCUGUUACUGCAAUCAACCGCCACACAUGCCUUCACCAUUUUGAUUAAUCAGUCAGAUCAAUCAAUGUUAACGAUUGUCAGGAAGGUUUUUGGGUUCGUUUUCUAGGCGGUGAUUCCUUAGACAGGCAGAAAAACACGCAGUAAUAGGAGGAAUGUACGAAGCGAUAAUAUGUAAACACGACGAGCUGACGGACAAUAUGGCAGAACCAGUCAGGGGGGCGGAGUUUUGACCUCACGUGAUUGGGGUCUAUAUCAGCAGCUACUUGUAAACGCAAAUUUGAUUUGCUGUUAUUGAAGAUGAGACUGAUUGAAUUUCAUUUUAUUUUACUUUCAUUCUGCAAGUGUUGAUGU